AGGAGUAGUCUUCCCCUGGAAAGCGAAACCCUGGAAGUACAGUCUGAAAAGCAAGUGGAAUUCUCAGCUGAAACAGCUAAUUCUGAGUCAGGCAGUCCCGAGCGCAGGCUGGGCUGCCAAGGAACCCAGGAGCUGGACGGCUCAUCCCAGUGGUUGACUGACCAGAAUGAGGCCGGUUCGCAGCAUGCACUGGAACAGGACACAGGCACUACAACCGCAACUGAAACUAUUGGGACGAGAGGCAAAGACCAAGAGCGAAUUAAAAUGCAGACCAGUCCUCCACGACAACACCACAUGCUGCACACACAGGUAGAGUUGGAGACUACAUCAGACAAAAUGACAGGCAGCAAUCCAGUGUCACCAGCCUCUUCAGGCUCACCUGCCUCAAGUGGGAGCAUCUCACCAUCACAUCUCACUCACGAUUCCUCUUUGGACAGUCACCUAAGUUUUGAUGGUCCCAAGUUGCAGAACAGAGCCCUGGUAUCAUCAGGGAUGUAUAUCUCCCCUGAUCCUGCGAGCAUGUGGGACAAGACACAUGCAGAGAUUGCUGAGCAGGCAAAACAUGAAGCAGAAAUUGAGAAUCGCAUUGCAGAAAUGAAGAAGGAAGGAUUCUGGUCUUUGAAAAGGCUUUCAAAGGUGCCUGAGCCGAUUCGGCCCAAAGUGCACUGGGAUUAUCUUUGUGAGGAAAUGCAGUGGCUCUCUGCUGACUUCGCUCAAGAACGUCGUUGGAAGAGGGGUGUUGCCAGGAAGGUUGUGCGCAUGGUGAUCAGGCACCACGAGGAACAGAAGCAGAAAGAAGAACGAGCCAAACGUGAGGAGCAAGCCAAGUUGCGCCGCAUUGCUUCUUCCAUCGCCAAAGAGGUCAAGCAGUUCUGGAGCAACGUUGAGAAGGUUGUGCAAUUCAAGCAGCAGUCACGUCUUGAGGAAAAACGGAAAAAAGCACUGGAUCUGCAGCUGGAUUUUAUAGUGGGCCAGACAGAAAAAUAUUCCGACUUGAAUGGGGACUUCGGCAUUUUUGAUCUGAUCAACUUGGAAGGCUCUGUGUCCCGUUAUGAAACAGACACAUUCCUGAUGUUACAGCCCAUGCCCAAGCCAGAAAACAGAACAGUAGUUCUGGUGAACAGCCCUCGACCCACAACCCCUCUACAGAGACCGAUAACUCCUGUGCUUUCGGAACCACUGACACCUGCUAUAGUUCCUGUACCACACACAGGCCCAGUAUUGCCAGGGCCUUUACAGCCCACCACGCUCCCUGCCUCAGUGUCUCUCCCUGUGUCUAUCCCGAUGCCUCCUUCACCUGUGACCAUGUCAGUACCAGUGCCGCCUCCUACCAAACCACAGACCCCAACUGUAGUGCCUACUUUGAGCCAGAACAACCCAGCUGCUACUCUGCUGCAGAGCCAGGCCUCUGUUCCUCAGGUGGGGCAGCAGCCUCCACCGACCAACACUUUGGGCCCAGGACCUGCAGGGACUACUGCUCAACAAUCCACCAGCUCCAUUGGGGGCAUGGUGAAGCCCAUGAACAUUCAUUCUGCUAUACAUACCUUGCCUGGAUACAACUUUGCAGCAGCAGCUGGAGGUGUGCAGCAAAGGCUUUUGCUGUCCCCGGAUAUGCAGGCACGAUUGCCUUCAGGUGAAGUGGUCAGCAUUGGGCAACUUGCCUCGUUGGCUAAUCGGCCACUCCAAGGUGCCCCAGGCAGUAAACCCCUCACAUUCCAGAUCCAAGGCAACAAGCUUACCUUGAUGGGUACCCAAGUUCGCCAGGUCACUAUGCCUCAGCCAGCCCAACAGCUGCCAAAAGAGAUCACAGACAUUGCAGCAGCAGCCGAGAGCCUGCAGCCAAAAGGCUAUACCUUGGCAACCACACAGGUUAAGACACCAAUCCCCUAUUUGUUGCGUGGAACGCUGCGAGAAUACCAGCAUAUUGGUCUCGAUUGGCUGGUUACUAUGUAUGAAAAGAAGCUCAACGGUAUCCUGGCUGAUGAGAUGGGUCUUGGUAAAACCAUCCAGACAAUUUCCUUGCUGGCGCAUCUGGCCUGUGAAAAAGGCAGUUGGGGUCCUCAUUUGAUCAUUGUUCCUACCAGUGUGAUGCUCAACUGGGAGAUGGAAAUCAAGCGCUGGUGUCCCAGUUUCAAGAUUUUAACAUAUUAUGGGGCACAGAAGGAGCGUAAGCUGAAGCGACAGGGUUGGACCAAGCCCAAUGCCUUCCAUAUCUGCAUCACCUCCUACAAGUUGGUGUUGCAGGAUCACCAGGCCUUUCGACGCAAGAAUUGGAAAUAUCUGAUCUUGGAUGAGGCUCAGAACAUCAAGAACUUCAAAUCCCAACGCUGGCAAUCUUUGCUCAACUUCAACAGCCAGAGGCGGCUACUGCUGACUGGGACACCUCUCCAGAACAGCUUAAUGGAGUUGUGGUCCCUCAUGCACUUUCUGAUGCCACACGUCUUCCAGUCACACCGUGAAUUCAAGGAGUGGUUUUCUAACCCCCUGACAGGAAUGAUCGAAGGCAGCCAGGAGUACAAUGAGAAUUUAGUCAAAAGACUGCACAAGGUGUUGCGUCCCUUCCUCUUGCGAAGGGUAAAAGUAGAUGUAGAGAAGCAAAUGCCAAAGAAAUAUGAGCAUGUCAUCAAGUGCCGUCUUUCCAAGCGCCAACGUUAUCUUUAUGAUGACUUCAUGGCCCAGGCUACCACCAAGGAGACGUUGGCUACAGGGCAUUUCAUGAGUGUCAUCAACAUCUUGAUGCAACUCCGCAAAGUCUGCAAUCACCCCAAUCUUUUUGACCC